UGAAAUUAGUCAUUACUUGAAUUUUUCUGGGUUAUUUAUUAUUUCGGUGAAAUCUGCGUUCUGUACGGACUUACCAACUUUGGGCUAACAACCAAUAAAUAAAUCCCCCGACGCGAGGAUCAAUUUCUAGGUGUCUGGUGCGAUGAGUUUUUGAAGUUGAGGAAGGAGCCGAGGCGAAAGAAUUUGACUUUGUGAAUGCUAGAAGAUGCAUUUGAGCGAGAACGAAGGAAUUGAAGGCAAAACCUUCGUGGUUACAGGGGGCGCAGGGUUUGUAGGCUCCGCGCUAUGCCUCGAAUUGAUGAGGCGCGGUGCUGACGAGGUUCGAUCUCUCGAUCUCCGCAAGGACUCUCCCUGGAUCACCACACUCCGCCGGAAUGGAGUCGUUUGCAUCACUGGUGAUGUGAGUAGGAAUGAGGAUGUCGAGAAAGCUCUGCGAGGAGCAGACUGUGUUUUCCAUCUUGCUUCCUAUGGCAUGUCAGGUAAAGAAAUGCUUCAAGCAGGGCGGAUUGAUCAGGUGAAUAUAAAUGGAACUUGCCAUGUGUUAGAGGCCUGCAAUAAGUAUGGUGUGAGGAGACUCAUAUAUACAAGUACAUAUAAUGUUGUGUAUGGUGGAAAAGAGAUAGUUAAUGGUAAUGAAUCUUUGCAAUAUUUUCCACUGGAUGAUCACGUUGAUCCAUAUGGACGUAGUAAAGCUCUGGCUGAACAGUUGGUCCUGAAAAGCAAUGCUAGACCAUUAAAAAAAAGAGAUGGAAAAAAGCUUUACACGUGUGCUAUCAGACCAGCAGCAAUUUAUGGUCCUGGCGAGGAACGACAUCUUCCAAGAAUAUUUGGCUUAGGACAAAUGGGCCUUCUAACAUUCAAAAUAGGGGAGCCUAGGGUGAAAAAUGACUGGGUUUAUGUUGAUAACUUGGUACAUGCUCUGUUGCUGGCAAGUAUGGGACUUCUAGAUGAUAUUCCAGGAAGAGAAGGAACUCCAGUUGCUGCUGGCCAAGCAUAUUUCAUUUCUGAUGGUGCUCCAGUGAAUUCAUUCGAGUUUCUUCGUCCAUUAAUUGUAAGCUUGGACUACACUUUCCCAAGACUAACAAUUAGUGUUCCAACUGCUCUUACUAUUGCGUGGAUCUUUUGGGGCAUCUAUAGUCUCUGUUAUCCCUGGUUGAAUAAGACAUGGUUUCCUCGACCAUUGAUUCUUCCUGCAGAAGUAUAUAAGGUGGGGGUCACUCAUUACUUCUCUUUCUUAAAAGCCAAGCAAGAACUAGGCUACAUUCCAAUUGUAAAGCCAGAAGAAGGCAUGAAAACAACAAUCACAUAUUGGAAAGAGAAGAAAAAGAAGGAGCUGGACACACCUAACAUCUUUAUAUGGUCAUAUAUCAUUGUUGGAAUGUUUCAAUUAUUCUGUGUUGCAUUUAUACCACUACCAUAUCUUGGUCCCCUGAAGUGGGUAAGGUUAUUUGGCAUUCUUUUGUUCCGCUCUGUUAGAAAUUUACAAAUCCUUUUUUAUGUUGCAACACUGCUUCACGUUGCAGAAGCAACUUAUGCCUACUUCUUGGCACAAAGGGUGGAUCAAGCCAAUGCAAAAGGUUGGUUUUGGCAAACUUGUGCUCUUGGCUUUCCAUCACUCCGUUUGCUUUUGAAACGGGCCAAACAAUGAUAUGAGGAAUAUGAGGUCUAGAAGGAUUGCCAUGGUCUGAACUAUUUCUGAUUAGUCACAGGGCCAAAAGCUAAGAGGGUCUCAUACACUGAGUGUGGUGUCUAGAUGGGGCACAAAGACCUUUAUUACUAUUUUUUUAAUUUCAAUAAGGAUCAAUUCACUCAAUAUCAAUAGAGAAGAAUUAAUAGAUAUUUUCUGUA